GCACAUGAUGUAGCUGGAGGCGUCCCUGUUCAUUGCAGGGGAGUUGGACCAGAUGUCCUUUGAAGGGCCCUUCCAACUCGUUUGAUCGUUUGAAAGAUCAUUUGAUUCCACGUCUUUCCUUUGGGACUUAGGCAGGAACAGUAGCUGCUUUGAUAAUGGUUAUAUCACCUUGGUUGCAUGAGUAACAGGUUUUGAAACAGCAACUGGGGAAAUGGGGCAAAUUUACUGUAUGAGUUAAGUGCAGGAGGUGGAAUGGUAUGAAUCUGGCUGAGCAGAGAGAGGUCAGGUCACUGGUGUGGAGGAGUCAGUGAAUGGGAGCAGGCUGUAGUAUAGAGUAAGUAGGCUGUGUGGGAGCCGUGGGAGGUCAGUUAACUGAGUGGGAAUAGCAGUGGGUAGUUUUUUGUGAAGCUGUGCAUGCAACAGCAGGUUCAUUGUGUGAAACAGUGAGAGGUGGGACAGACAUUCAGAUUGGGGGUGGCAGUCGUAGAGGAGUUGUGCUUUUGUUUUAGAAAUCAAGAAUGGGGUGGGGGUGGUAACGAGCAACUGAAAAUAGACAGCGAAGGGGAUGGGAACAGCAAUAAACGGGGAGAGGAUGGCAGUGCACAGCCUGUUAUUUAAAGCAGUGAGUGACAUAGGAGGUACGUAGCAGGCUGUGAAUAGUUUGAAGAAGGCAGGGACAGCCCAAAGGACCGUGUAGUUUUGUGUGGUGUCAGGACAUUCUGUGAUUAAGCACGUGAGGAGGUUGUUGUCAGGUUGUUGUCGGGUUGUUUUACCUUUUGCCAGCCAGCGGCAAGCUACAGAAAGCAAGGAGGGAAAGCUCGGGCCAAGGCAGAGCCCCGCUCAGGGCCGGGAGCGGCGUGCGGUUCGUUGCUCACGGCUGCGCUGAGCAACCGUAGCCGGCGGCCCUGACCCGCCUGGCUCUGUGACCUGGUUCCCACAGCGGCUGGCAGGGCUGCGUGACAAGGAGGCAGCCGGGGUCAGCCGCGGCGCCUGCCGCUGCCAGGUGCGAGGGGGAGGAGUUCAGCCGGCUUCUGAGAGGGGCCGCUGCCGCUCGGAGCGGGUUUCCGUACGACGUCCAUCCCCGCCGCGCUGCCGGCGCUGAAAGGGGCCGCCGCGAGCGGGAGGGCGAAGCGACGCGGCCACCCUGCAGCCGCCCGCGGACGAGCCAAGCAGAUGACACUCCUUGGAACCGCAUUCCCGAUCCCCAGCGGCGGCCGCUCCCGGUCCCCGGUGAUUCAUGGCAGGGGACGUGGAAGGGUUUAGCUCCUCCAUCCAUGACACCAGUGUCUCUGCUGGAUUCAGAGCACUGUAUGAGGAGGGAUUGCUUCUUGAUGUCACACUUGUCAUUGAAGACCACCAAUUUCAGGCCCAUAAAGCACUGCUUGCCACCCAGAGUGAUUACUUCAGGAUUAUGUUCACAGCUGACAUGCGGGAACGAGAUCAGGACAAAAUCCAUUUGAAAGGUCUGACAGCUACAGGCUUCAGUCAUGUCCUCCAAUUCAUGUAUUAUGGAACUAUUGAACUGAGUAUGAACACUGUUCACGAAAUCCUUCAGGCUGCCAUGUACGUCCAGCUUAUAGAGGUGGUAAAAUUUUGCUGCUCUUUUCUCUUAGCUAAAAUCUGCCUAGAAAACUGUGCAGAAAUUAUGAGACUUCUGGAUGAUUUUGGUGUAAACAUCGAAGGAGUCAGGGAAAAAUUGGACUCUUUCCUGCUAGAGAAUUUUGUGCCACUCAUGUCCAGACCUGACUUCCUUUCAUAUCUGAGCUUUGAAAAGCUCAUGUCUUACUUGGAUAAUGAUCAUCUGAGCAGGUUUCCAGAGAUAGAGCUGUAUGAAGCUGUUCAGGCCUGGCUGCGCCAUGAUAGAAGACGCUGGAGGCAUACGGACACCAUCAUUCAGAACAUCAGGUUUUGUUUGAUGACACCAUCCAGUGUUUUUGAGAAGGUAAAAACAUCAGAGUUUUACCGAUACUCCCGGCAGCUGCGACAUGAGGUUGACCAAGCCAUGAAUUACUUUCAUAGCGUUCACCAGCAGCCUUUGAUGGAAAUGAAAUCGAACAAAAUUCGUUCUGCCAAACCCCAGACUGCCGUGUUUAGAGGAAUGAUAGGACACAGUAUGGUAAACAGUAAAAUUCUUCUCUUGCACAAACCGAGGGUCUGGUGGGAACUAGAGGGUCCUCAAGUACCUUUACGACCAGACUGCCUUGCCAUUGUGAAUAACUUUGUGUUCCUGUUAGGUGGGGAAGAACUGGGGCCAGACGGUGAGUUUCAUGCUUCAUCCAAAGUAUUUAGAUAUGACCCAAGACAAAACACUUGGUUACGAAUGGCAGACAUGUCUGUCCCGCGUUCCGAGUUUGCUGUUGGAGUUAUUGGGAGGUACGUUUAUGCAGUGGCUGGGAGAACCAGGGAUGAAACCUUUUAUUCAACUGAACGGUAUGAUAUUACUGAAGAUAAAUGGGAAUUUGUAGAUCCCUAUCCAGUCAAUAAAUAUGGACAUGAAGGAACUGUGCUGGGUAACAAGUUGUAUAUAACUGGUGGAAUUACAUCGUCUUCAACUUCUAAGCAGGUGUGUGUAUUUGAUCCCAGUAAAGAAGGGACAGUAGAGCAGCGAACAAGGAGAACUCAAGUGGUCACUAACUGUUGGGAGAACAAAUGCAAAAUGAAUUAUGCAAGAUGCUUUCACAAAAUGAUUUCUUACAAUGGUAAGCUUUAUGUCUUUGGAGGUGUCUGUGUGAUCCUCAGGGCUUCCUUUGAAUCUCAAGGAUGUCCAUCUACAGAGGUUUAUGACCCUGAUACUGAUCAGUGGACUAUAUUGGCUUCUAUGCCAAUCGGUAGGAGUGGUCAUGGUGUAGCUGUUCUGGACAAACAGAUAAUGGUUCUUGGAGGCCUCUGUUACAAUGGUCAUUACAGUGACUCAAUUCUCACCUUUGAUCCAGAGGAAAACAAGUGGAAAGAGGAUGAAUACCCAAGGAUGCCCUGCAAGCUGGAUGGCUUACAGGUCUGCAGCUUGCACUUCCCUGAAUAUGUUUUGGAACAUGUUAGACGUUGCAGCUGAAACAGAAUAAACACUCUCAGUGAAAUAUGAAAAGCUGAAUCAUAUUUGUCAGAAAAAAGUAGAUCAUUCCGAAAGUAAUGCCUCCUAUUUAUUUCCAUGGAAACUAUGACAUAUACAAAGAGCACGGUAACAUUACUUGAUUGAGCAAGUUCUUGGCUGCAAAACGUUAUUUUUCACCAUAGUCACCACCAUGGGCUAUGCAUUCUCGACAGUAACGAACAAGAGCCUGCAUGCUGUGCUUGUGAAAACCUGGACCUGCGGAGCUGACCCAUUGUUUCACGGCUGCUGUGAUGGCAUAGUUCAUAGGAAAAUGUUGUCCGUGCAGUCUGUCUUUCAUCGACUCAAACAAAUGGAAAUCAGAAGGACCCAAAUCCAGGUAAUACUAUGGAUGUGGUGGAACAGUCCAGCUUAGAUUGGCAGUGUGAUCCACAGUCUUCAAACUAGUAUGGGGCAUGGAGUUACUGUGUUACAGGAGAAAGGCUGUCUUCUUUUUUGGUUUGUGUCACGUCCCGCCUGUCAGCUAGUUGUCAUGGCAACAGCUUUGCACUGCAAGUAUUUGAGACAUACCAAGCACACCCCAAAAAGUCAUAAAGUAUUUUUUGUUGAUCUUUUACAGCCUGACUCUGGAUUGAGCCUUCAGCUUAAUCAGCGUUAUGAUGGAGCAGUCAGAGCUCAUGGUUUAUCUGGGUUCCAGGAAAUCGAGAAGGAUCGCUGUUUUUGUAUCCCAAAAGACUGUGAACAUAUUUUACCUGCUGAGGGCUGCAUCCUGAACUUUUUUUUUGAGGAAUUCAUGCUUAAUGGACUGCUGUUUUGACACUGGCUCAAAAUUUUAACAGCAAAUCUCAUCAUCAGUAAUGCAAUCCAGAAAACCGUCACUUUCAGCCUUGCACUGGAUUCCUGGUCAUAACUCACUGAUUCACGCAGAUGGUCUGGUUGAGACACUCUUCAUUUCAUGAUGUGACAGCUGUGUACAACCAUCUGGAACAUAGCUUGUCUUUCACAUCACUUACCACUGCUGAAAUGUGCCACCCACUGCCUCACUGUGCUCACAUCCACUGUUGAUCUCCAGAAACGUUCAGCAUGUGUCAGUGAAUGUCAGUGGGUGCAAUUGUUUCCUGUUUUAUUGGAGGAAUUCCAGUCACACAGACUUCACACCCACUUCCUCAGACUGCCUGUCUGCUGUCAUCUGUCACAUGGCGACAAAAUGUAAUGGACUAUUGGAGGGAAAGUUCAACUUCUACUGCUAUACCACCACCAUCUGCCUCCAACAGUGUGGGCCAACAUAAUACAAUAGGAGGCAUUACUUUUGGAGCAGCUAACAUAACAAUCUAGUUGAAUUCCUUCAGAGACAUGAGCAUGUUGUGUGUAAGGACAACUGCUAAAUGCAUAAUGGAAACAGGAUUUACAGGGAGAAUACUUACCAAGUUUCUUAGAAAAGCCAAUAGUUGGUCUGAUACUGUAAAAGUUGUGGGAUUUUUUUUUUUGUUUUGUUUUAACAAAAUGCAGUUGUAAACAGGGAAAAGAAAAUAUGUAUUUUUGGGUGUGCUUAUUCAUUUGAUAGCAUUUCAUGUCCAUACUGGUUUGAUUUUUUGUUUUUUUGUUUUCCUGUGGCCACGGUAGCAGAUUUCUUCUGAAAUCAAUUGAAUUUAACAAAACAUUUGUGGAAGGAAGAAAGGCCUGAUUGUCUUUUUCUAUUGAGCAUUGAAGUAGAACUCAUAAGCUGUAGUAGGAUACAACUAAGUUUAAAAGAACAAAGCUAAAACCAUUUUUGUGUUUUAUGUUGUGUUUGGAUGCUCUUCCCAUUAAUUGCAAAGUACUCUCACAUCUGCGAGGUGUUUCUGUUUUCCCUUAAAUACUGUUAACUAUAAGCUCAAUCUCCUUGCAUGUGUUUUUUUCCAAGUUUUGUAUAUUAGUACUAGUAAGUCUGCCAAAAUGUGAAUUACACAUUUUCUACUGAAUUGAAAAAACUUUAACUUUUAAAAAAUAUUAUUAUUUAAAACACUAUUUCUGUGCUGCCUUCUGUUGUCUGCAUUAUGUUUGUUGGUAAGUAAAGUAUGUACAUACACAUGCAUAUACACUGUAAAAAAAAAAAAAAAAAAAAUCUUUUUACAUGCAGCUAUAUUUAAACCAGUGCAGAAAUUCAGCCAUAUCUGUUAAAUUUAAGGUGUAGUUUAAUCCAUUAAUGAGCUAAAUAAGUCAAAGUUCUUACAUAACUGGAAGCCUCAUUUGGUAUCAGAAUAUCUUUAGCAUAUACUGAUUGAUUCAGUAACUUUAAAAUUCUUAUACUGAUUUUACGUAAUGAACUCUUAAUAAUUUGUUGUUUUAUAAAUUAUUUUAAAAAACUAAAAACAUCUUACCUGAGUUUGUUUUAUGUGUGAAUGUGCUGCCAGUCUUGUUUUUUUAUGAAAAUGGAAAAUGUCAGUAAGCAAAUGCUCACCAGCACUGCUUUGACCCACAGGUAUUUUCAGAACUGGAUGUACUAUAGUGUAUUCUCAGCAGUGGCUUUGCUUGUAUUCGUAUAGAAGUGAUAAAUCUUUUAUUAAUAGUAGGGUUUUUUUUAAUUAUUUGCUGCUGUGAACUACUGUGUUUUGAGUUAGGUGUUUGGAUGGCUACUACCAUUUGUGUUUCUACAAAAAAAAAUAACAACCUUCAUAGCUGUAGCUACUGACCUCAUAGUGCCUGAAAUGAAAUGUGCUGUUCCUGAGGGCUUUUAAUAACUCCAUUGUGUUAACUUGCAGAUAUUGGUAAGAAUGAUUUGCCAAGGUAUAAAUAAUGACAAUUCAAUUCUUACUUUCUUUAAUGUUGUAAAAACAAUCACUAAUAGAAUUCGAAGGAGAAAUGUGGGUAACUCAAAGGCUUACACUUAAUUCAGGAGUGUAGGGAGAAAAUGCUGAAACAUGCGCUUGCAUCUUCUGUAAAGUCUUAUGCUACUUUGCUUUUCUUUAAGCAGUAGACUUAAUAGACAGCAGUGCAAAUCGACUUUAUUCAGCAUCUUCCAGUUAAAAAUCACUGUAGAAGAGGAAUGUACAGUACUCAGGGAGUUCAGAAGAAUGCACUUGCAGAGGGACCAAAAUCACUGCAAAAUGUCCUGUGUUAAAAAUAACACCUACUUACCUAAACUAAAUUUUAAAUCAUCAACAGAAGUUAAAACAACGUGUGCAACUCCUCAUCUAUAUAAUUCAUGAUUUCUUUGUAGUAAUUAUGUUCUGGGUUGAGAUGUGAUCAUCUAAAUCAGAUCAGUAAAUCUUUUUUUCUUAAAAAAUGAUUUAUUGAGCAUUUUCUUUCUAUAAGUUUUAACAGGAAGGAGAAUUUAUGCCAUCAUAGCUGUAUUAAGGUUAUCUAUGCCGGUAGUGAGAGGACCAAAUACUGAUUUUCAGCCUUCUGAUGCAGACUAAGGCUUGCUUUUAAAUUUAAGUCUUUAUGAGUGAGAAAUAUAAUUUAUUUUCCUAGUGGUCUAACUUAAAGCCAACUUCAUUUAUACUAAAACUUCAGUUCUACUGUGAGAUUUGUGUGUACAUUGUCCUUUGUGGGUGCAGAGAUGACCUGAUUCCAGUAGGUGCUGGCUGUGUGCAAGUAAAAAGGUGGUUCUGUACCUAUCUCAAAGAAUAUUAGGGCACAAAAAACAAAACAA